AAUAAAUAGUAUAAUAGAAAUUAUAGCAGCUCAUUUCCUCGUGGCUUUAAAAGAAUUAGAAAAGCGGGAGAAGAAAGAAGAGAGCUUUCAGACUCUGUUGUGUUAAGUUAGAGAGAGCAAAGAAGAAAAAUGGAGGCUUGAGCAGGAAAUAUUGUUCAGAGAGAGAGCCGCUGAGGAAGAGACACAGAGAAAUGGCAACUGCAGGAGUAAUACCGGAUCAGAAACUAGAGAAACAAAUUCAGAAACAAAUGGGAUGUAUGACUGGAUUUCUUCAGUUAUUUGAUCGACAACACAUUCUUACUGGAAAACGUCUUUGUUCUUCAACUAAACGUCUUCCUUCAACAACUUCUUCCUCAGUGGAUUCAUCACCACAAUCAGAGAAAUCAUCAAUUGAAUCUCCGGUUUUUUCUAAAGAACUACCACAAUCACAGCCUGAAAUGAAGAAAUCAACACCAGAACUACGUUCACCGGCCUCAGAAUUUUCAGUUCCGGUAGAGAUUCCGGUAAAAAUAAUAUCAUCCUCUCCUUCACCAUCACCAUUACCUGCGUUUGAUCCAAAAGAAAGUUUACGAACUCCAUGGAAGUUACGAGAAGGUCCAAGAUUAUCACUAGACAGCAGAGCUAGUUUUGAUACAAAAGGUAGUUUAUAUCCAAAAGAAAUCAAAUCAAAUGCUGCAAUCUUCUCAUCUGCUAGUCGUUGUGAAAGUUUCGAAUCAAAUAAUGAGAAUGAGAAUAAUCAAAAACGGGGUGGUGGUGGUUCUCCUAGUGUUAUUGCUAGAUUAAUGGGUCUUGAAGGUUUACCUAAUUCUUCAGGUAGAGAACCAAUCAAGAAAGUUGAGUUAACAAGAUCUGCUUCUGAAUCUCGAGUAUCCAGAGAUUUUCAAUACCGAUUCAUUGAACCUAAACAUUCAGAGUUUUCAAAUUCAGUUUCCAAAGAUAAUGUAGUUGUUACAGAGGAUUAUAGAUCGAAACUGCUUCGAAAAACAACAGAGACAGUAGGAAAGCCAAAAUCUGAACAACAAAAAGUAUCGAAUGUGAACGGAUUUUAUACUGUUUUACCAUGGAGUAAUAAUCACAACUCGCAUCAGAAUCAUCAACAUCAGAUGCAACAGAGGAAAAUGUUUUAUGAUGCACAAGAUUUCUUUCCAGAACCAAAACAGAAUGGUACUACCUUAUACGGAGAGAUUGAAAAGAGACUCAAAAUGAGAGGAAUUGAUGAACCAGAAAAAGAUCUCGAAACGUUGAAACAGAUCUUAGAAGCUUUACAACUCAAAGGAUUAUUACAUUCUUCUUCUAAUAGAAAACAACCAGUUGAAAGAAUCGGAAAUCGUAAUUUCGUUUUUGAUCGAAGAUUUUCUUCUACUGAAGAAUCUCCAAUUGUUAUUAUGAAACCAUCAAGAUCAUCACAAUUUAACAAUAGGAAUGGAAGAACGGGACAAGAAUCUACUUCUUCGCCAACUUCGAAUAUCAGAUCCAGGCCCAAUGGAAUCAAUCGAAAUAUAAACGUUUCAACUGAUUCUGGAAGAACAAGAAUGAAUCGUCACGAAAAUGAACCACAACAACGAAACAGUAACGGAAUUAACAAUCGUAGAGGAAGAAAUUCAAUGUCGUCGUCUCCUGAUCGAAAUGAAAGUCCUGCUAGAAGUCCUAGUUCUUUAGCAAGAAGAAAAGCAUUAAGUAUUGAAACUCCAAGAAGAAAUAAUGAUGAGGAUCAAAAUCGAAGAAGUUCGCCAGUUAAUUCACCAAGAGUUAGUCCAAGAAGAGGACCUGGAUCAGAUCAAUUCACAAACAGAUCACCAAGAAACAAUAGAAAAUUAGAUUCUUCUCCUCGAGAAAGAAUUUCUGUUCGAGUUAUCGAUGAUGAUUCUUCGGCUUUUUCGGAAAGUAGUAUCAGUACUUCGUCUCAACUCGAUUUCUCGGAGAGAUCGAAAAUGGAGGAAUACAAAGAUGGAAGAAGUUUAUUAGAAAGAUGUGAUAAACUACUUCACAGUAUAGCUGAAAUUACAUCGAGAGAAACCGAGUUACAGCCGAGUCCAGUUUCGGUUCUUGACUCGUCUUUUUACAAAGACGAAUCAUCUCCUUCUCCUAUCAUGAGAAGGGCAAGAUGCAUUGAUUUCAAAGAUCAAUCAGCCGAUCUGGAAGAAGAUAUGUGGAGUACUCCAGUGAUAUCACCAAUCAGAAUGAAAUCGGAAGAAAAUAUCCAAUCGGAUGAUUCAGAUUUCAUAUACAUUUCUGCAAUUCUUCAGGUUCCUGAUUGUUUAUCAGAAGAUACAGAUGUGUUCUUAUUACUUGAGAAACAGAAAUACAAGACUACUUCUCAAGUCUCAAGAGUGCAUAGGAAACUCGUAUUCGAUACAAUUACGGAGAUUUUAGAUCGUAAAAGACAAUUACUCCCGUGGAAGACAAUGUCAAGUACCGGCAAGCCUUCAUUUCGGCAAAUUUGGAUGGAAUUUCGAAGAAUUAGAGAGAAAGCAACAACCGAAGAUUUAUUUGAAAUCAUUUGUGGCGCAUUAAAGAAAGAUAUGGUUGGUGAUUCAACACAAGGUUGGGUUGAUUCUCCGCUAGAGACGUCGGAAGCCGUUCUGGAUAUCGAACGGUUAAUAUUCAAGGAUCUAAUUGCUGAUGUGAUUAAAGAUCUUGCUGAUUCUACUAGUAAUAACUUGUUAGUUCCCACUCUUAGAAGAACUUUAGUAUUUUGAAAUAUUUUUAAAUUUUCUAUUCUAAGUUAAUUAGUGAGUGAGAGUGAAAUCAGAGAUUAUUUUUCGCGCGCUUUUUCUUUUGUGUGUUUAUCUCUGUUUUUAGCUUUAUUUCUAGGGGGUUUGUUUUUGUAAUGUAAUGGAGAUUUUUGUUGUAAGUUGCUUAAAAAACUGAAGUAUAAUCUAACUUUCUACUUUAGC